CCUCACAGCUCUGGAGGUCUGCAGCCCAGCGCGGGAUCCCGGCUGUCAGUCACCGUGGGGAUAUAUUUUUUUGCGCAGGCGAGAGACUUCUGGAUGCUGGGGCGCUGGCGACGAGCUGUUGCUUCCCCCCGCGAUGGCCACAAAGGGAGCGGGGGGCCCGGACCCGCCGCUCGUCAAUGUCAACGUCGGGGCCACGUGACCGCACCUCCCUGCCGCCGCCGGGGAGAGCUUUCCACGUCAGCUUACGUCUCCCCAUCUCUUACUUCACGGAUCUGCUUCAAAGAGGCAGCUGCGUUAAGAGAAUCAUGUUAAGCUCAGCUAAUGCGGAGAAGCCGAGGUAGCCCCUAAUGAUGGAUUUUGAUGAGCGUGUUCCUUGUUCCUCUAACAUGUAUUUGCCAAGUUGUACUUACUACGUCUCGGGUCCUGAUUUUUCCAGCCUCCCUUCUUUUUUGCCCCAGACCCCGUCUUCUCGCCCUAUGACAUACUCCUACUCCUCCAACCUACCCCAGGUCCAACCUGUGAGAGAAGUUACCUUCAGGGAAUAUGCCAUUGAUCCCUCCAGUAAAUGGCACCCCAGGAACAAUCUGCCCCACUGCUACUCCGCAGAGGAGAUCAUGCACAGAGACUGCUUGCCUGCCACCAACACUGCUAGCAUGGGCGAGAUGUUCGGCAAAAACACAGCUAACGUCUACCACCCCAGCACCAACGUCUCCUCCAAUUUCUAUAGCACGGUGGGCAGGAACGGGGUCCUACCCCAGGCUUUCGACCAGUUUUUCGAGACGGCUUAUGGCACGGCGGAAAACCUGGCCUCGGCGGACUACCCGGUAGACAAGAGUGGCGAGAAGGCGCCCGCGGCCGCCGGGGCGGCGGCGGCGGCGGCAACUUCAAGUUCGGAGGGCGGCUGCGGCAGGGCGGCGGCGGCGGCGGCGGCGGAGAAGGAGAGGAGGAGGCGGCCGGAGAGCAGCAGCAGCCCCGAGUCAUCUUCCGGCAACAAUGAGGAGAAAUCCGGCAGCUCCAGUGGACAACGUACCCGUAAAAAGAGAUGCCCUUACACCAAAUAUCAGAUUAGAGAGUUAGAAAGGGAAUUCUUCUUCAGUGUCUACAUAAACAAAGAGAAACGCCUCCAGCUCUCCCGAAUGCUCAAUCUGACCGACCGCCAAGUGAAAAUAUGGUUUCAGAACAGAAGAAUGAAAGAAAAAAAAAUUAACAGGGACCGAUUACAAUAUUACUCAGCUAAUCCACUACUUUAAAACUCAUAGCAUUUUUCAAGACGAGAUUAAAUUCAGAUUUCGCCCUUGACAAGGUCAAGCCACGGGGUUACGUGGAGGAAGGAGGUGUGUGUCUGACGGGACUAGAAGAAUCCAAGGUUUUACAUACAUGUAAAUCUACUCUGGAACUUCAGUGAUGAUUUUUAUAUAUAUAUAUCUAUAUAUAUUUACAUAUCAACUGGAAUCGAUUUGGUUUUGACACACAUGGCAUCCAUUUCUAAACGUGCACGUCACCUCUGAGUGCAAAAUCCAUACCUCUUACCUUCUCCAGGCACUGCGGCUCACCCUGCCACCGCUUUGGGCAGGCACAGGCAGGGACGGCAACCCCUCCAUCCCCGGACUCGCCCACCCCCGGCCCCCUCUCGCCCCUGUGCUGCUGCGGAACAGCUGUCUGGAGAUCGCCAGGUCGAGCUCGACGCAACCAGGACCACUGCAGAACAUAAACUCUGAGAGAUAAUCUUUUGUUCUUCCUUAGCGGACAAAUGUCUAGGUUAGAGUCAGUCAACUCCAUUGCCCAUGGGUUUGAA